AUGCCUCCAAAAAAGGACAAGUCCUUGGAGGAACCUUCAAAACCCUCGAAGGGCUCAAAGGCAGCUCCUAAGACCAAGGCUACCAAAGCUUCCAAAGCCCCGAAGGCACCAAAGACCCCCGCUCCAGCACCAGCUGUACAGGCUCCGGCAGUACACACUCCUGCUGCUGCUCAUCCAUUGAACCCAGAGAGGGAUGUCCGUCGACGCACUCGAGCCAACCCGAGUCCAGGUCUCAGCGAGCGACAGGCCAUUGACAAAGAGCCUUCCUUCACCAGAAAGAGAUCGAACAUCCGCCGCACUGCCGCCAAAAACGCAGCUAUUUCUCGUGAACAAGACGCAGAGGAGUCGACUCGCACAGAAACACCAUCCACCUCUCACUCUCCAGAACUCGAGGAAUCUCGAUCCACCUCUCCAGAACUCGCUCCACAGCCAUCGACUUCAUCUCGGACGCCCAUCUCUUUCGCCGCAGGUUCUUCUAGUCACCAAGCUGCUGAAUCAUUGAGCAAAUCCGCUCGCGGCAAGAAGCGCUCUCGCACCCAGUUUGACGACUCCUCAGAUGCAAACACUGAGAAUGUCAGUACAGAGCGCCGAGAAAAGCGUUCUCGGGGUGACGAUCAACCCUUCGAACACUACUCUCCAAUUGCCGCAAUGAAUGCCACGACUCAGGUCAACGACCAUGUCGUCCAGCCAACUCCACAAAGAUUUACCAUCGAACAUACCGAGGCAACUCCACAAACACCUACCAGACUCGAGGAGAACGUUGGUGAACAGCGACCAGCAUCGGCUCUCCCAGUCACAAACAACGAUACAUCCAUAUACUUUACUCCUCAAGGUACUCAAGCCGAGAAAGUGCUCGCAGCAAUUCCUCAACACCGAGAGUCGGAGGUUAGCGCAGGCGCGCAACCACAUUCUCUGGCUCUGACACCAUCCAAUCAAGGACCAGUCCAUGCUACAGCUUCUUCCUCGAAAAAGUCAGCGGCAAAGUCAGACGCCAAGCCAGCCCGUCGUCGGCUUACCAUGGGCCCAGACCUUGAGCACGAAGCCAUGAUGGAAUCAUUGCGCCGUCGUCAAAGGGAACGUCCAAUGCCAAAGUCUGUCAUCUCAAGAAAGACGAAGCCCGUUGAAGAAGUUGAGAGACUUCAUAUCAGUGAUGCGUCUGAUAGCGAGGACCUUGAACCACUUGAUGCCGAGGGUCUGCGCACUAUCAGGGAGAACGCCAAGUUCACGCUCGCAAACCUUGCAGCUGAAAAACAAGGCAAGCCAAAGCCAUAUGUCUGGGGCCCAAACCCGGCUCUGCAAAAGAAGACCACCAAGACCAAGGACAAGACCAAGAACAGAACGCAGAGCGAUGCUCAUACCGCUGCUGCGCCCACUCAAUAUCCCAAUGACAUCAAAACUGCCUACGAUGUUGAGGCUGCGUGUAUGCUUUAUAUGCAGUCUAAGAGGCUUGCUGCUGCCACGACAGUACCAAGCACGGACGACAAUCAAGUCACGGUUGACCAGUCUGUAGCAGGACAGUCUGCUACGUCUGGGCCACCAACCCCAGGAGCUGAAGGCUCAACCCCUGGUGACGAUCUUGCUCUUGAGUCCCAGACUCCACCAGCAGGCCAGGCUCCAGGAUGGUCUCUCAUGUCCACGGUCAAGAGUGUUGUUUCGAAGCCUUUUGAAUUCUUCGGUGGUGCCAGCGAGCAUGCUGGUCCAUCCAAUGCUGAUUACCGAUCAGGAUCUCCCUCGAAGACGCCAACUCCUGGUGGUCGCUUCCGACGUUUUGACCCUUUGAAGCGCCGCGCGGCGCUGAACAAGGGCAAAGGAAAAGCACCUGCUGUACCACUGAGCAAGGUCAAUGAGUUCGAGAAACACUCACAGAACUCCAGAGGCAAGCAAAGAGAGGACGUGUUGGAAAGCGCAUCCGAUGACGAGCUUCCCCAUAAUAUGCACACAGUUCCAAUCGACGUUUACAAACAGCCUGUACGCGUUCGUCGCCGCGAUAAGGCUUACUACGAGAGAAAGUACGCAGUUCCUCCCAUUGAUCCAGUAACAGGAAACUACGUGACUGCUCGCACCUUCUACGCAGUACCAUACCCUCCAUCGAGCGAUGAAGAAAGCAGUUCCGAUGAAGACUUUGAGACACACCUUCCAAAAGGACCUCGUCUGUACGUCAUGCAGCUCGACAAGACCGAGAAGGAGCACAUAGAGACCGAACGUGAAAAGAAGGAGCGCUUGGCACGAGAGGCGGAAGCGGAGAGAAAGCGUCUAGCAGAGGAGGCGGAAGCAGAGAGGAAGCGUCUAGAAGAAGAGGCGGAACGAGAGAAGGAGCGCCUAGAAAUCGAGGCUGAAGAGGAUGAAGAUUAUUUGAACAACAUGCCCAUGGACCUUGACGAUCUCAACAAAGCCGAUCCCAAGUGGUGGCUCUUCAAGAGACACAGAUUCUCUGAGUUACGUAUGGCCAGACGAUAUGAGAUGAAUCGAUCAUUUCCAGGCCAGGAAUAUCCACGCGACAAGAUGAAGCAAUAUCUUGCUGUCUACCAUGAGAGGAUGGGCACUGUCGGCGCAUUCACCUCCGGUAAAGAGAUCUUGACUUGGGAGGAGAGAGCCGAGAGACGAAAGCAUCUACCACCUCCACCUCCCCCCGCCCGGAAGCCGCCAGGAUAUAUUCGAGAACCGAAGGUCUUCGGAUCGGCAGAGAUGAUUAAGUGGGCUGAAGACCACAAAGACAGGAUCCAUGAGCUAUUGUGCAAACACGGAUGCAGGAAAUGCAAAAGAGGCAUCUUCGCCCCCGCCCAGGAGGACAAGGAGACGGAAGUUUCUGGCGAAACCCAGGCGUCUGGUUCUGGCUCUGGCUCUGAACCUGAAGUCCUUUUCAAAGCCCCGGAAGUUCCUCGCGACAAUGAGGGACCCAGCCAUGCCCCUACCCCGGCGGAUAAGGAUGCGAAGCGUUCUGCCCCUGAACAUAACGUCUCAGAAGUUCCACAGAACACUGAGCACACCUCUCAGAAGGAGGAUACCAGUACUAAAUCGUCGGACAUGCAGUCGUUAAGUGAUGUGGCUGGAGGAAAGACCCCAGCCAAGAAUACUGCUCCCGAAGCACAAACCCCUACCAUAACUCAUGCACCUGAAGACGAGACCCCUGUCUUCAAAACUGCACAGCAACUACAACUCGAGGCAGUCCGCCAACAAGCUUUGAAGCACCAGCCACAGGUCCCAAGCAAGCUCGGAAUGUCCCCUCUCUUCCAGUCUCCUCUUCAACCCGCCCCUCUUCAGUCCUCACCACUCCAACACAAUUCUCCAUCGCCAACUCCUCCGCAGACCAAUGCCCUGAAAGAGAUCCAACCAAACCAGCGUCAGCGAAACGGUCCUCGGUUUGGUGGUCUGAUGAGCAUCCACCGAGACGGAUUUACACAUGAUAAUGAUAACUCAGAGCUUGAUAACAUGCUGGAGGAUGACCCAAAUGAGCCGCAAUUCAAGGUCCGAGAUGAUGUUCGAAACGUUCCUCCUAAGGAGGUUUAUUUCACCUAA